AGCGCAGUCAGUGCUGCAUAACGUGCACCCAUUAUCAUCAUGAUAAAUUGUAUUACUUUCAGAUUAACGCUGAUAAGAUAUAGUUAAUUCCAAUCGGGCUUCAAUAACGACCUUCCGGUAGAGUAGUUCACUGAUAUUUAAGUGAAUUAUACGGGUGCUGCCAAAAAGCGGAUAAAUCCGAUAAAUAGGCAGUGCAUUCCCUGCAACAAGUGGAAUUUUCGACUUUAAAUACAGAUAUUAACAAAGGGAAAUAACCGCUAAAUCCUUGUCAAACUGGACGACUUUGAGUUGGACGAUAUAGACGAUUUCGCCAUGGAUUUCUGGGGCAUUUUCAUGUUCUUUCUGCUCACCUUCCUCAUCAUGAGUUGCUGCGGAUAUUGCUGCACCAGCAGACGCCAAGGUGCCGUUCUGUCCACGCCUGUGGUGGUGACCUCCGCCACCCACACGGCUCCCGGCGGAUAUCCGGUCACACAGCUGCCUCCGCCGGGCUAUCCAUCGAGCAAUGCCUACGUAACUGCGACCUCGUACCCCGUACAGACCACCGGCAGCAACGUGACUGUGCAGAUGCCCAUGCCGAUGAGCCACCAGAACCAGCAGCAAAUGCCAAUGCCUAUGCCGAUGCCGGGUCAGCAAACGCAUGGCGUGGCGUAUCCGACGUAUCCUGGCGCCGGGGCUGCCAACAUGAAUCCGCCGCCGUAUGACAUGUCCAUGGCUAAUCCAGGACCUAGUGUUAUGCCCGCUGGAUAUGAGAAGCAAGCUCCCUACAAUCCCCACUUUGGCCAGUGAAAUCGCACUGUGAACUGAGGAUCCCCUUUCCGUCUCGUUAUAGCUUUUUUACUCAGCUGAACACUUUACUUUCCAUGUUUUCUUGCAUAAAAAACUCCAAACUCCUGGUAAAAAACCAAGUGAAAGCGAUCGCACAACGAGCCAUUUUUAUAUUCCAUGUGAUGUAUGUAAAGUGUACAUAUAACUUAAGCGCAACCUUCUAUUUAUACAUCUAUAUUAAGCAAAUCCAAAACGAAAACCAAACUGAACUACAUGAAGUGUUAAUUGUAAUAAACCAGUGAAGUGCACAUCAAAUGCAACUGAAGCACAUUUGUUUCGAUGUGCACUUUCACAAAAUCACAAAAACAAGAAAUGCAAACAUGUUUUCAAUUACUUCUGC